CCAGCUCAGCCGUGCACGGAGCUCAGCUCAGGGGCUGCUUUUGUGCGCGUUCACGGCACAGAUUUGGAGAUGUCGGCGCCGUCUCCGCGAGCUUGGUGGUGGAGAGAAAAGUAUUUUGUCUCCUGAAAGGAAGCCAACUAAUAGGACAAAAUGUGUAGAUGAGCAGCCAUCUAUAAUCGAGCUCGGACAAUCAGCCGACCCUGAUUGGACUCUCUUCCUCUCGAAUCAAGUUGCUGCCUGCAGCCGCUGUGGGAGCCGGAGUCGCCAUGGAGACAGUGGUGAUCGUGGCCAUUGGGGUGUUGGCCACCAUUUUCCUGGCCUCCUUCGUCGCCCUGGUGGUGGUGUGCAGACAUCGCUACUGCCACCCUCACGACCUGCUGCACCACUUUGAAUCCAAACCCACAGUGGAUCUGAUUGGAGCCAUGGAGACCCAGAGCGAGCCAUCUGAGCUGGAGCUGGAUGAUGUGGUCAUCACCAACCCUCACAUUGAGGCCAUCCUUGAGAAUGAGGACUGGAUUGAGGACGCCUCUGGAUUGGUCUCUCACUGCAUCUCAAUCCUAAAGAUCUGCCACACUUUGACUGAAAAGCUGGUUGCCAUGACAAUGGGUUCAGGUGCAAAGGUCAAAGCACCGGCCAGUCUUAGUGACAUCAUCACUGUGGCCAAACGCAUCAGCCCAAGGGUGGACGACGUGGUCAGAUCUAUGUACCCUCCACUGGAUCCUAUCCUCCUGGACGCCAGGGCCACCGCUCUCCUCCUUUCAGUCAGCCACCUGGUGCUGGUCACCCGCAAUGCCUGUCACAUGUCCGGGAGUAUGGACUGGAUCGACCAGUCGCUCAAUGCGGCUGAAGAUCACAUGGUGGUUUUGCGAGAGGCGGCAUUGGCCUCUGAACCGGAUCGAUGCAUACCUGGAGCCGACGCACAGAGAGAACAGGCCAUCUAGUCAGAUUCUGACACAGACAUGAAGGGCUUGGAAAUGUGUCAUUUUAUCCUUGGGCUUCUGUACUCAAAUGGUACUUAACAGGCACAUAAUCUGCCAGACAGUGUUGAAAAGGCACACUUCCCAAACUCAUCAUCCAGUCCAAUUUAAUAAGGACACUUCUGAAGGCUGUGCUGAUGGGUGCAAGGAUUUGACUCUGUCCUUUAUUUCACUUCUCACAUAAAAAAAGACCUUGGAUUUUUUUCCUUUAUAUUUGCACCAAAAAUGUUUGAGAUUAGUUUGCAUUCACUUCAUCUACAGAGUAAUAUCUGUAAAGUAGAUGUCACACAUUCAGAUACGAGUAGGGUAGAUCUUUUUUAGCGUUAGUCUGUGGAAGCUGCUGCUGCCUGCGAGGGACAGGCCUUGGGAAAUUUGUUUCUCAAGUGCGCCAUCACCCAGCGGUGGGCCUAAAUCCAAUCUCACCAGCACUGCACAGUCACAUGGAGGCUUAGUCAGCUAAUCCAUUCUGAGGAAAAUAACACCCAGUUAGCCAGUGAACCCAAAGGGGCUCCAACUCAGUGGACCAAUGGAAGACCAGCCUGACUUGAUUACAAUUUGUGUGGUCAGCGUGACUUGUGGAUGUUCUAAAACAUCCCUCGGAUACUCUUACAGUGUUGGAAAUCACUGGUCUGUGAGUUGUAACCAAAACAGCAGCAGUAGUUUUAGCCACAUCAGCAGCAGAGUAAGAAUUUUUUCCAGAUGAGUAAUGCCCUUUUGGCCCAUUGAUGGGUUGUAUUAUGGUUAACUGAGGCUGUUAUUGAUGGAGAACCACCACUUUGGUCCACACUGAAAUAUCUUAGUAUCUACUCAAUAGAUUAGCACAAAAAUUUGGACAGAUGUUCAUGGUUCCCAGAGGAUUAAUCCUAAUGACUUGGGUGAUCCCUUGCCGGUCCUCUAGUGCCAACAGCAGGUCCACAUACAGCAUGCGGUUAUAAGCACCUUGAGAGGGAGUGCUCAUUGUUCCGAUGGCCCAAAAUUCCAAAGCCCCUUUAGUCUAAAUAAAUGUCCCAAUGGAGCUAAACCCAUUUCUCCAACAGCUUGUUAUGCCAAAAACAAAAGCUCAUGCUCCAAAGUCCCAUUCUUCGAAAUUAAAUCCUCCCUGCAGUCAAGACACCAGAAAGAAUAUACACAUUGUACAUUUCUAUAAACCACAGAUAAGUUACAUUUGUACAUUAUUUUGUAGCUGAUAUUGAAAAGUAACAUUGUGGUUAGGUUUAGGCACAAAAAAACACUUGGUCAUGGUGAGUAAAAGAUUGUGUUUUGGCUCAAAACAUCCUUGUUUGGUGGCACAAAAGCUGCUGAAAAAGCAGGAACAGGUUGGUGAAAACACCCAUAAUCAUUGGCUCAACCUCUGCUGGGAAUUUGAAAUUAACUACAGGGAGUGCGUAUUUUCCGAGGAACAGGACUUGACAGCAAUGGCUGUUUGUUUUUUGGACAUUGAGCUGGCAAAGAAAUGGCCUUUGGGUCCAAUGGGAAAUGCUUCUAUCUAAUGGGGCAUCAGAAUUUUGGGCCAUCGGAACAAUGGCAUGGCACUAUUUUAAAUGUCGCAACAAGUUGGACUGCCAUGAAAUUUGGCACAGAUGGGCGUAUUCAUGUACCUCACAGGAUGAAUGAUAAUCACUGCGGUUGUCAGUUUUCAUGUAGCACCAGUAAUUUUUAUCAAGUACCUGCAGAAGUAAUGACAUUGCCAUUUGUGUUUAGCGCUAUUUAGCAUGCUAACUAGCUCUAAACUAAAAUGGUAAACAUUAUACCUGCCUAACAGUAGCAUGUUAGAACUGUCACUGUGAACAUGUUAGCAUUAAGCAGUAAAGCAUCAGCCAGCAUGGUUCAGACAGUAAGUCAAGAAACACUUGUUCUUUAAUUCUGACAACGAAAAAUGUUUUUAGAAAAGCUAAAAUUUCCCAUCAAAUUCAACUGUAACUGCUGUUCCGCUCUACAUUUGUCUAAGAAUAAGGAUAUUACAGAAAUAUCAAAGUAGACCAAAACAUUUUAAGCACAUCACCAUCAGCUGUUAACUGUACACGUACUAUAGAGAGAGAUACAGUUGUCUUUAUGCAUUGUCGUGUCAGGAGGCUGCUUUGAACAGUGUGCCGAUCGAGGUGAAGCAGGAUUAGCGUGUUGUUUUGGGCCAGAAGGAUGUUAUUGGAGCAUGUCUACCUGCUCUCUCAUGCAUAGCUAAUAGUGAGUCCCCAAAGAGUCCUAAUAAGGCAUUACCCACAGCCACAAUGAGCACAUGGGCUUAAGCUACAAUACACAUGGCACAAACCUUUGUACACACAAGGCUGGCAGACAAAUGAACACAGCAGUACAUUGUAUGACGCACAACUGUAAAUACACAUCAUAGAUUUAUGGAGUCAAACACACUUGUUUUAGGAUUUUGGUGACAAUCAGGAAGAGGAGCAGAGUCUGUUAAGUGAGAUUAAGAGAUAGCUGUAGCUCUGAGCAUGCAGAGAUGUAUUGAUGGACCCGUAUCAAUAGAGGAGGAAACCUUUAGAAAGUGGUUAGCCUU